UUUUUUUGACAGAGACCAACAGCCCAGCCCAACUCCAAAACCGACCCGAAACCAACCCGCUCUCCACCCCCUAUGCGCGAGAGAGGCUGAACCUGUUGGCCUUCACUGCAGCUUCAUCUCCUCAGCAACGCAGCGCGAUGAUCGGACUGCAUCUUCAACCUCGCCGUCGACGACAUCCCGUCUCCCAGCAGCGCCAAUCCGCGUCUUUGUUGACUCACCGUCAUUCUAACCGCAGUUGACACUUCGCUUGUCUCGCCUUUCCGCAACGCAAUGUCGCUAUCUCCGCCGUUCUACCAACAAAACUAGGCCUUGCAAUCAUACUCCAGGGUUUUAGAUUCGGCUGGCCCCAAAUUAUCAACAUGCACCAACGGUCCUCAUGGGUUUGAAUCUGGGGCAGUGGCCUUCCGGGUCCCGGGUUGGAUCUGUCCGGCCAGACCCAAAAUUAACAAAAAAAAUAACUCUCAGACACAUGCAGUGUGCGUGAAAGCGCGUGACUCACGAAAAGCAACUAGCUAAUAGCUAUAAAUGGCGGCAUUCACCUCGUCGCGCUCUCUCUCUCUCUGUCGCCCCCCAAUUUUCUCGCAUCAUCAGCUUCCUUUGUCCCUCCUUUAAUUAAUCUCACGCUCCGGUAAUCUUGUGUUGCGAGCAGCAAAAUGGUUGGAAGUGGCCAUUUGGGCGCCAACGGAACAGUUGAACCAUUGCCCGAGGAUUUUGAUGCGUCAGCUGUGAUCAAAGAACCUGUGCCACCCACAGUUGCAGAAAGUGAGAACGUGAAAAGAGCUAUUGUACUGGGAAAAAAUGUUCACACACUGUGUCUAGAAGUUACAGAACCUGAUGCAGAUGAUGAGAUUACUGGGGAAAGGGAUGCUUACAUGGCAAGUGUAUUGUCCAAAUACAAAAAAUCAUUGACUGAAAGGACAAAACAUCAUUUAGGUUACCCCUAUAAUUUGGAUUUCGACUACGGUGCACUCUCUCAACUUCAGCACUUCUCCAUAAACAACCUGGGAGAUCCAUUCAUUGAAAGCAAUUAUGGAGUCCACUCCCGGCAGUUUGAAGUUGGUGUUUUGGACUGGUUUGCCCGGUUAUGGGAAAUAGAGAAAGAUGAGUACUGGGGCUAUAUGACAAACUGUGGUACUGAGGGCAAUCUCCAUGGCAUCCUAGUUGGGAGAGAGGUCCUUCCGGAUGGGAUUUUGUACGCCUCACAAGAAUCACAUUAUUCUGUAUUUAAAGCUGCACGUAUGUACAGAAUGGAUUGUGUGAAGAUUGCAACUCUUCAUACCGGAGAGAUUGAUUGUAAUGAUUUUAAGGCCAAGCUGCUUCUUCACAAAGAUAAGCCAGCUAUUGUAAAUGUGAACAUAGGUACAACUGUCAAAGGAGCAGUGGAUGAUCUUGAUCUGGUGAUAAAGACACUUGAAGAUAUUGGAUUUUCACGUGACAAAUUCUACAUCCAUUGUGAUGGGGCCUUGUUUGGUCUCAUGAUGCCUUUUGUGAAACUUGCACCAAAAGUUUCUUUUAAGAAGCCCAUUGGUAGUGUUAGUGUUUCUGGCCACAAAUUUGUGGGGUGCCCAAUGCCUUGUGGUGUUCAGAUAACAAGAUUGGAGCAUAUCAAUGUUCUUUCCAAUAAUGUAGAAUACCUUGCUUCUAGGGAUGCCACAAUCAUGGGUAGCCGGAAUGGCCAUGCUCCCAUAUUCCUUUGGUAUACGCUUAACCGGAAAGGAUACAGAGGUUUCCAGAAAGAAGUGCAGAAAUGCCUGAGGAAUGCACACUACUUCAAGGACCGCCUUAGGGAGGCCGGAGUUGGUGCAAUGCUUAAUGAGCUGAGCAGCACAGUUGUGUUUGAGAGGCCACAUGAUGAGGAGUUUGUACGGAAGUGGCAGUUGGCAUGCCAGGGAAACAUAGCACAUGUGGUGGUGAUGCCAAAUGUCACUAAGGGUAAGCUUGAUGAUUUUCUGAACGAGCUUGUGGAGAAGCGCGCUCAAUGGUUCAAAGAUGGCAAGUUUCAACAAUAUUGCAUUGCCUCAGAAGUGGGUGAAACCUGUUGUCUUUGCCCUUUGCACAAGGGCAAGUGAAAGUUGUAACAGGUUCCCAAUCUUGGGUUCAAGGUUUUAGUUGGUUUAUGGUGGGGCAUAUAUGUAUCCAUGUUUUAUCGAGAUUUUGAUGCACUUGAUAAUCUAUUGGUUUCCCCUAUUAUUGACAUUUUUAUUUGCACUUGAUAGUAAUUAGUUCGCAGAUAAUUUUUAGA